GUGUGUGAGCCUCUUCACGGUUCCGCAGGAGAAGAAUGCAGGCAUGGCUUCCACCUGCAACAACUCCUCAUCGUUCAAGGUACACAAAUCUCUUGUGACUUGUCAAACUAUACGGCCUCUCAGCAUUUGCAAUGAGUAUCCUUCAACCUCGAUCUGCUCUAAGCCUCUCGCUUCAUGCGAUUCCUUGAAGAUCAUAAUCAGGUCGUCGUCGCCGGCGCGCCGCGCGAUCCUGUCAGACAUGGGAUACGAGUUCACGGUCAUGAGCGCCGACAUCGACGAGAAGGCCAUCAGGAGGGAGAAGCCGGAGGAGCUGGUCAAAGCCUUGGCCGAGGCCAAGGCCGACGCCAUUCAACUGAACCUUCGUAAUCGAGACAGCAGAGAUCUGCCUACCCUUCUGAUCACUUCUGACCAGGUUAAGGUGAGCAAAGGGAUGAUACGGGAGAGGCCGACGAGCACGGAGGAAGCCAGGGAAUUCAUCAAGGGGUACUCGGGUGAUGUAGCGUUUGCAGUGAAUUAUAUCCUCGUGACCAACCUGAGCACCGGGGGUAGGAAAGGGGGUUGGGAUAUACCUGAGGUAACUGCAUUUCCAACUGAACUUGCUAAUACUUCCCUGGAAUUUGAGACUGAAACUCACCAUGAUUUUGGACUUUUUGUCCAUCUGCUGAUAUAUUUUCACCACAUACCAGACGAGUUCAUCAAAAAAGUUGUAAGUUCAAUCCCUGACCAACACACCGCACCCUUAACUUAUUUUAAACCUAAUGACACAUUUCACUCGAUACAUCCUGCUACGUUCCAGGUGAAGGAAGGAGGCAUGACUUGCGUGGCUGGGGGCCUCAGGCUCAUGCAUCCAUCAUCUUUGCCGUUCAUCAAGGAACUAGUCGGUACGAUGGAUAGCGUUCGAGGACUUCCCAAGAACCUCACCGAGAAGCUCAUUCGAGAAUCCCUACAAGAAACUGUUGAAAUGUAGGAUAUAAGAUGGGUACAGACCAGGAGUCUUGCUCCUUGUUGUAUACUAGAACAAUAGAACAACCCAAUAUAUUCAAGUAAGAGUCCAGAAGCAAUUGCUUGAUAAAGGACCAAGACCUCGGUUAGGGUGAUUUCCUAACUUUUCUUAAAUUGU